AUGCAGCUCUUUGAGGAGGGCGCCCUCUUCCGCGCGGUGCUGCCGGAGUGUAAGGACCGCGUCCAUGGUGAGCUGUGCCACACCGUCACCGCCACCGGCCGGCUGUCGUCGCAGUCGCCAAACCUGCAGAACAUUCCGAGGGAGGAGGACUUGCGUCGCCUUAUCGUCUCCCGCUUCGGUAGACGCGAGGGGCGCAUGAUUGAGGCGGAUUACAGCCAGCUGGAGGUGGUCGUGUUGGCGGCACUUAGUCGCGACGCCCGCAUGCUGCAGGAGCUGCACGAGAAGGUGGACUUUCACUGCCUCCGUGUCUCGCUCAUGACCAAGGAACCGUACGAAGAUGUGGUGCGGAAAGCCAAGCGGGAGAAGGAUCCACAUUACAUUCAGCUACGGCAGCAGGCAAAAACGUUCUCCUUCCAGCGACAGUACGGUGCCGGUAUUGCCACCAUUGCCACCACCACAGGCUUGACGGAGCAGGAGGUGGAGCGCCUCAUAACGGCAGAGGAGCAACAUUACCGGGAUUUGGGUCGCUACUACCGCCUGGUCAUGGACUGUGUGGAGGCGGGCGCGGAUCGGCUGCUACGACUGCGUACACUGGACGCGGCCACGUGGUCUCCCGCCCUGCGACGCAUGAUUCUGCUAACGGAGCCGUUGCAUUACUUUGUGGUGCCUACAGGCAGCAAGUUUGACUUUGCAAAGGACAAGAAGAGUAUUCCACGACUGAAGAAUUAUCCAGUACAGGGCCUGGCGGGAGAGAUUGUACAAAUUAUGUGUGGUAGGAUUGUGCGUCGUUUCUACGAGCGAGACAACUACGGCGGGAAAGCAUUUUUGGUAAACACCGUCCAUGACUGUGUCUGGAUUGAUGCACACGCCUCCGUCGCGGAGGAGGUCAUGCACGAUGUCUCGGACAUUAUGUCUUCCACCACAAAGGUGAUGAGCAGCCUGUGGCCUGACAUGAAGCUGGAUGUCCCAUUUAAGGCGGAGGUGCACAUUGGUCCCUCACUAGGGGAAUUCGCAAGGUAA